AUGCACCAAAACAUUGCCAUUCCUUCCACUUGUGGAUCAUUAUGCGCUUUGCAUACAUAAUAGCUUAAUAAUAAUAAUAAUAAUAAUAAAAUUAUGCAGCAAUACGAUAUUCAUCGUAACGUUAAUAAUUAAUAUAAAUUCAGUCAUUAUUAACUAGGCGAAAAAGAUUUGAGUAGAAAUUAAAAAAGAAAUGAUAUGAUAUGA